GAUAUAUCGCAAAGUAAUAUUUCAGUAAAAUAUUUCCGUAAUAUUUCAAUCUUAUUCUAAUAUUACUGCAAUAUUGUAAUAUCACUGUAAUAUUACUGCAAUAUUAUGCACAUGCUGUGUGAGACACAGCUAAAAAAUUCACAAUAUUUCCUCGAUACGCGUCAAUCGAAUGAUUCGCGCCCUUUCAAUGAACUUCCGGCUGCCUCCGCGGUUCGUCCUUCGUCCGCCGUCCGCCGUCCGCGCCUUGUCGCGUAGCACACUGUGACGUAGCACGUAUGUACAGUCAUACGUACAUACGUGUGCGUAUACGUACACUGAUGUACACGCAUACGCUAUCGCUUCUGACAGGGUUUGAAUCUCAGUUUGAAUCUCUCGCCUUCAAAGUCGCGUGCUGGCGCCGCAGCUCCCAAAACGAAUCCCGCGACUAUCAUCGCGGCGUCGCGUUUCCGCCUCCGUGCGAUGCUCCCCUUCCGAGGACGACGUCGCGUCGCCUGACAACCUGCGUGCGGUUUGAAUCCCGCAGCCGCUCGGACUCUCGACUUAUGUGACCCGUGCGCGAGCACGACUUUCUCCAACCUAAUUUCGUGCAAACUACCAAUUGGGAGAGAUCAACGCGAUCGUGAUCAUAAUCACCGUCGUCGUCGUCGCCGCGACAAGAGGCCUACGUUGUCACAGUUGAGCUAUUCAAUACGGAAUGGGUAGCAGCAGCCAGCUGUACAGUCUCUCGUGGGGAGAAUUCAGUUCCUCUUUGGUCUCUGCAGUACAGCUGUUGAGAGGACAUGGCGAUUUGGUGGAUGUUACCUUGGCUGCUGGUGGUCGCAGCUUUCCUGCGCAUAAAAUUGUUCUCUGCGCAGCCAGUCCGUUCCUCUUGGAUCUGCUCAAGAGCACUCCAUGCCAGCAUCCAGUGGUCAUGCUGGCAGGAAUUGGAGCAGAUGAUUUGGAGUCUUUGUUAGAAUUUGUAUACCGGGGAGAGGUAAGCGUCGAGCCAUCGCAGUUGCCUUCCUUGCUUCAGGCUGCCCAUUGCUUGUGCAUCCAUGGAUUAACACCGCCAACUGUAGUAACAGAGAGUGGAGAAGAAGUUCCUGCAUCAGCGAUACCAACACCGAGUGAUGGUUUGUCAAAGACACUCAACUCGUACAAUCCACUGAAACGGAGAAAAAAGAGGAGGAAAUCGUCCACGUCCUCUGGAAAAUGGCCCUGCACCAGUAACACUACCGACACUAGCGAAAGCAGACUUGUGGAUGAUAACAACAGAACAAUGCCUUACGAAAAUAAGGAUGAUGACACUACAGAUCAGACUGAUGAUACAGCGGGCAACAACUGCCUGGUUGGAAACUACGCGAACAAUCAUCAGGGCGGCAGUCAUUCACCGCGACUUCAAGAAUCAUCCAUCGCGGAUAACCAUCAGGCGGCGCAUCAGGAUCACAUCACGGAUGGCGAGUCGCAUCUGCAGCCAUUGAUGCCGAUGCAAUUCUCACCGCUGCACAUACCACAGUUUCACAGCUCUCUGGGUUUUCCAUCCGCUUUGUCGUUGUCCAGUUUAGCGGCCACUCAGACAGGAAGCGUAAAUCAGUCGAAAGCGCGCGGCGCUUCCGAUUGUCCAGGUGUCUGUCCGCUUUGCGGUGCGACGCUGCGCCAGGCGAGAAAUUUGCGCAGACACCUGUUGUCCUCGUGCAAGUACCGGUUCAGUAACAACUCGACGACGACGAAUACGACGACGCAGAAUUCCGAUACAACGAUGGAGAUGGUGGAGAUCAAGUCUGAAGUUGAAUUGCCCGGUUAUAACGAUCAGUCGUCUGUAACUUACGGGACCGACAGCGGCAGUAACAGUUGCGAGCAGAUAGUUUGUAAGCCCAGCCUACCCUCGCCGACGUUGCAUGGGCCUGAGAGCGCGGUUUCGCCACCGAGUAGCAUCCCGUCCUUUGACGAGGAAUUUGACGUUUCAGGAGACGGAUUGUCGAAGGCGCGCAGUCUGUCCGAUCAGCCGGCGUCGUGUCCGUUAUGCGGCGCGAUUCUACGCCAAUCGAGAAAUCUCAGAAGACACUUGGAGCUUUUGCACUUUGGUCUGGGUAAUAGCGGCAAGUCCAGCUUACACGCGAGGCAUCGGCGAUCGGCGACGGACAGGGCCAAUGAUUUCGGUCUGUCAUCGUUGGCAUGCGUUCGUCCCACCGCCAGGAUAGACUCGCACCUCGCCGCGAGGUCCUCCGAGGCCUCGGACUUUUCCAUGAUGACGCCUUUAUCGAUUGCCUCGUCCGUCAGUUCCGCGUCGAGCGUCAGUCUUUCAGGAAACUUGAUAGGUCCGAGUUCGAGCUUGUUAGGUUCCAACGAUCAAAACGGACAUCCGCUGCCAGGAUCCACUCCUGCCACGUGCAACGCGUCCAUGGUGCCACCGACCAACGGGAUCUAUUCUUCGGACGGCGGUGCCAGCAUGUUAAGCUGCCUGCUACCGUCGUUGCCUACCUUGCCGCCCUUCUCCGCGUCUCACGACGUGUUUCGACACGGCGAGAUGUUACGUGCGGGAAUCGCUUACCACGAUUCCUCCCGACAGCACGCUAGGCACAUGCAGCGUACCGAUGUCACCUAACUUGGCGACGGUUCCCGAUCUUGCGAUCGCUCCACAGGAGAAGCGUGUCGCUUUGUGUUAUAAACGAAUCGAAAAGUGACAGAAUUAGAGCAGAGCACUAGAUAGCAUUUACGAAGUAGAGUACUUUACGAAUUAGCUUAUAAGGGCAUGGAUAUUUAAGGACGAUGUGUAGCUGUCGUGGACGCGCGUAUAUUGAAAAUGCCGCCGGUCGCGGUGAUAUAGUGAUAAAAUUAAUGUGAUGAAUGUGUAACGAUGAACGUAGCAAUAAUAUGUUGUAUUAGAAAUUUUUUACUCGGUGCUAUGUGUAUGUGGAUUAAAAUAUAUACACAAUCUAUU